AUGACAUCCACUACUUUGCGUGCCAUUACGCACCGCCUGACCACCACUCCGGUCGACCAAUUGCCCUCUAUAGCCUCGUUUCUUGCGACUUCUCUGGGUGAUUGCGCAGAGCUGCUGUCUGCCCCCCAAAACCAAAAGCCUGGCAAAUCCGAUUCCGACAAUGCCGUCCAGAUUCACAAAUUGAAGACCCGCUUGGCAAGUCUGCUGCAGGAUCGCACCGUCGAGGGCCGAUGGACCGCGGUGGUCUUGGUGAAAGCAACCGUUGAAGCGGGACAAUGGGAAAUCCUGCGAGGAUAUGAGCCCAUUGUUCGUGGCUUGAUUGGCAUUCUGGCGAAACCAGAUCCUAUCUCCACGAGAAAGAUGUGCAUCAUUACAUUGACUCGUAUCUUCCACCUCACCUAUCAGUACCCGACUCUUGUUCGAGAGAUUACAACCCCCCACCUGCCAGCGUUUGUUACUGCUGCCUUGAACCUCGUCUCAACCCUUGUCAAGCUGCCAUCUGGAUCAAGCCGGAAACCCAAGCCCAACACACCCUUUUUGGAAAUUGUUCUCCAUGCGAUCUUGGAAUUGGUUCCUCGUCACCCGACUAUUUUCCGUCCCUUCGGUACCCAGCUUCGCACCCUCCUCACGGAUAUACUUGGCGCCUCUUCGCCUGCGUAUUACCCAGAGCCAGUGGUUGACGUUGCAGAGCAGCUGUUUGCUUCGCUCUAUAAAUGCGCGCCCAAGGAUAAAUCAAGCUCUGGCUGGAGCAAUGACUGCCGCUCCACAAUCGUGUCGAUCCACAACGCGGUGGAUCACGUUUUCCGCGCCGUGGUGGAACAAUGGGAGUCUGUAGACGGGUCCUUGGUUCCAACAAAACAAAACUAUAGCAAAGAGGCUGGCAACGAUCGUCCUGAUGCUCUUGGAUUGCCGAGUUGGAAGGGCAUUCACACUGGAACUGACAGGAUUAUCACGCUUCUGAGAAUUCUCUCUGGAUUUAUCUCCAUGCCAUCCACAUCUAGUGUGGCUCUCCCCCUGGGCUCAAUUCUCGAUUUGACAUCGCGACUAACUUCGGUGAUUGUUCCGGCAAACGGUCAAUCCUCCAAUGGCGCGCAGGCUAACCCCGAGAUUAGCCGGGAGGAGCGAGAACAACUCUGGGCCGAGCUGCCUCGCAUCCACAUUGGUGCCAUGGAGCUGCUUUCCCAGGUUGUCAACGUUCUCGAGACUAGCUCUACUUCUAUCACGCAGUCUAUGUUGGAGCAAGCCAAUUGGGUCUUCCGACACGAAAGGUUUAGCAAGGAUGUUCGCUCAACUACUUACGACUUGCUCCAGUCCUUGGUGUCUGUGAACGGGCCUGCCAUGCCGAAGCAGAGCGUAUCUUCCAUUGCUAAUGUUCUGCGCUCCUGCUGCCAUGACCUUCUCCCCACGUCUGGAGAAUCUGGCUCGCAGGUCAAGUCCCAAUCUGAUUCCAAAUCGAAGUCGAAGGCUGGCCCAGGAACAACAAAUGCCGACUCUUUCCUGAACCCCAACCUUAUUACCCUUCAAGUUUCUCCUGGUUCCAGCUUGUCGAAGAUCGAAAAGACUGCCUCUAAUCUGCUCCAGGCCGUCCUUGCGUCCGUCCCGUCCGAGCUUCUUGCGGCGUCUCUUCGGGCUGAGAUUGACCGUACAAUUAUCUUGACUGCGGAUAAGGACGCGAUGCUUGCCAGCGUCCUCAACCCAAUUCCCGCGGCCAAGGGUCGCGGGGCUGGCGCUAGCCUCAUGCCUUUCUUGGUUCGCAGCUAUUCCGAUCAAAUGGAGGUCGAGGCUCUGGUGCGCCCCAGAAUGCCAGUCCUGAUGACUGCGCCGGAACUUGAUGCAUACACUGAGAAUGAAGAAGACGAGGAAGCCGAAGAGAUGGACACUGAAACUUUCGAUGCCACGCCUUCAACUUCCGAGUUCUUGAAGGCUCCCCACGUUGAGGCUCCCAAACCUGAGCCGGCACCAGCAGUCCCAUCAGUGCACAAACGCACAUAUGCCGAGGAGUCUACUCUCCAAUCGACUGGAUUCGCUGUGGAGACUGAGAAGCAACCAGUGCAGGCUAAAAAGGCGCGAUUUGAGACAACUGUCUCGGCGGUCACCGAAUCGCCUUCUGGACAGACGCAGCCCGUUACCGUUACCCAGGUGUCUACUUCUUCGCAUGAACAGCCUCAGUUCAAGACCCAGGUCUCAACCAUCUCGACAACCUCACAGUCUGCUGCGGAUCCGGCUGAUGAUGAGAGUGAUGGUGAGCUACCCACCUUGAACAUGGACUCCGAUACAGAUGAAGAUGAAGACGACGAUGUCGCCAUGGAAGGCUAA